CUCCCCCCCCCCCCCUCACCCUGUUCCCUGUUGCUUUUGCCACUAUGCUCGCCAUCUCUCGUUCCCUGACCCGCCUGGCCCCGGCUAUGGGCGUUGUCCGCCGCGGUCUUGCCACCAACGCCGUUGCCACGGUCACCCCCACCCCGACCGAGGUCACUGGCACUGACACCUGGAGCCCGAACCAGGCUAGCCGUGUGGGCUCCAUGACUGGUCCUCGUUUCCUUGAUGUCGACCUCAGCCUCCAGCCGAUGCCCAAGCCCGCCAUCGACCUGAUUGCCGAGCAGCCGGUCAUCGAGGUUGCUGGUCGCGUCGCCUCCUGCGACGGCGGCCACCCUGCCCUUGGCCACCCCACCGUCUACAUCAACCUUGACGACCCCUCGGCUCCGCACUCCUGCGGCUACUGUGGCCUCCGCUUCCGCCAGGCCAAGUAGAUUCCCCACUCCCGGGAGCGUUGAGCGCACCAUUGCCCCUCCCUCCCCCCUCUCUCAGGUGCUUUGCUGUGCCUUCCCCCCCCCCCCCCCUGAGAGGGGUCCCUCCCGACUCUCCCCCUCCCUUCCUGGUUACCGCUCCGCCCCCUCCGCCUCUUCCCCCUCACAGGCCGAAGCACCACAUGUUCCUUUGUUGAUUGCGUUCUCGCGCCGCUACACUUGCCUCGAAACAAGUGCAGAUCCCUCCCCUUCCCUCUUCCUCCCCCUUGUAAAUAUGAUUUCAGUUCACACCCUGUCGGCUGGCGGUGUGCGCCCGUACGCGCUCGCCACGUCCGUGUAGGAACAAUAAAGAAAGACGCACCGUGUCCACGGGAGA